GAAAUCAAAUUAGCUCCGACAUUUAGUCAUUGCCAAGUAAUACAAAGCAUCAGCUGCCAUACUUCAUAAAACAAAUUUAAGUUCAGAUUUCAAUCGAAAAAACUGAAAACAUGCUUUUGUUUAAUGGUGCUGUUUUUUGCACCUUAUUAUAUGUUUGUGUUGGGCAGGACACAUCCCUUGACAACCUAAUUGCGGAUAUUUUCAAAACAGGCGACACAUCGGUACCUACAACACAAAAAACUGGAAUCGAUGCAGUUACUGUUGACCCAACACGCUCACCAAUCUCCGCAGCCCAGUAUCAGUCCUGUGGAGACCAGAAAGAAUGCGUGCCUCGAUGGUUAUGUACAAACAACACAAUAAACACUAGUGGUGAAAAUAUAAUUGACAUCCGAAUUGACACUGCAGCACCGUGUAAAAACUAUUUGGAUCUAUGUUGUGAUCUUUCAAACAAGGUGGAUAAACCUGAUAUCACAGUACCACCUUCCGAUGCAGCAAAAGGCUGUGGUUAUCAAAAUCCAAACGGUAUUGGCUUUAAAAUAACUGGAGCUGUUAACCAAGAAGCAGAGUUCGCAGAAUUCCCAUGGAUGGUUGCAAUUUUGCGAGAGGAAGCUCAACUGAACUUAUAUGAGUGCGGAGGAGCUUUAAUAGCUCCAAAUGUUGUUUUAACAGCAGCUCACUGCGUUCAUAACAAAGAGCCAAACACAAUUGUUGUGAGAGCAGGAGAAUGGGAUACUCAAACAAAAAAAGAAAUAAUACCACAUGAGGACCGUUAUGUGAAAGAAAUAGUGUAUCAUGAACAAUUUAAUAAGGGGUCACUUUAUAAUGAUGUUGCACUGCUAUCGCUGGAAAGUGCGUUUACCUCUCAGCAGAACAUUCAGCCAGUGUGUUUGCCGAGCUUGGGUGAUGUAUUUGAUUAUGAUCGUUGCUUUGCGACAGGUUGGGGAAAAAACAAAUUUGGAAAAGAUGGCGAAUAUCAAGUCAUUCUGAAAAAGGUUGACUUGCCUGUUAUGCCGAGACAACAAUGCCAGACAAACUUGCGCGAAACUCGGCUCGGAAAGCAUUUCAUUUUGCAUGAAAGUUUUAUAUGUGCAGGCGGUGAAAAGGAUAAAGACACUUGCAAAGGUGAUGGUGGCUCCCCAUUAGUAUGCCCCAUUAAAGGAGAACCAAAUCGGUUUAAGUCUGCUGGCAUAGUAGCUUGGGGAAUUGGUUGCGGCGAAGAAAACAUCCCCGGAGUUUACACAAACGUUGCUAGCUUAAGAGCAUGGAUAGACGAAAAAUUAAAAAUUUGGCAAAUAAAUCCUAAACACUACACACCUUAAGAAAAGUAUAAGAAAAUCCGAAAUGGAUCAAAAUACUCGUAAACACAUAUUAUUUCAAUACGAAUAAAAUGUAAUUUUGAAAA